AUGGGUACUGCCCUCGCUGGACAACCUCUGAACUUGACAGCUGCAACUGAAGAGAAUUUCAUCGCUGGAGCUUACAUCGUGGAGUUUGCGGAUGGCCAUGACCAAACUUCUUUCUAUAAUAUUCUGGACGCCAGUGGAAUCUCUGUCAACCCACGGAUGAACAUCAAUUCCACCGUGUUUAGCGGAGCCUCGUUCAGCGUCACGGACCUAGCCAGCGAGAAGCAUCAGGUCGCCAGAAUCUCGGCACUACGAGCCGUCAGGCAGGUGUGGCCUGUCAGAAAGUAUUCGCUUCCUGAACUUAUGAGGAACGGUACUAUGCCAAACCCCAUGUCUGGUGACAUUAUGCUCGACGAGGAGUUCGACAAUAUAGUAGACAAGUUCUCACCCCAUGUGAUGACCCAAGUCGAUAAACUUCAUGCUGAAAGCUAUUUCGGGCAUGGUAUUCGCAUUGGAAUCGUGGACACAGGUGUUGACUACCGACAUCCCGCCCUUGGGGGUUGCUUCGGCAAGAACUGCCUUAUUGAAUAUGGCUAUGACCUGGUUGGCGACAGCUGGACGGGUUAUGAUGCUCCUAAGCCAGACCCAGACCCGUAUGACAACUGUAUCGGGCAUGGAACCCAUGUCAGCGGGAUCAUUGCAGCUCAAAAGAACAGGAUGAACUUCACUGGCGUUGCCCCAGGAGUCAAACUUGGGAUGUACAAGGUCUUCAGCUGCGAAGGUCUCGGAACCACAGACGACGUACUUAUCUCAGCCUUUGGGAUGGCAUUUGAUGACGGCAGCGAUAUCAUCACGGCGUCCCUCGGAACUGCUGGGGGCUGGAGCGAGACACCCUUCGGGGUAGUGGCUAGUCGCAUCAUCAGCGAGGGCGUUCCAUGCACUUUGGCUGCCGGAAAUGACGGCUAUUCUGGCCUUUUCACAGCCAGUGAUGCUGCAGACGGAACCGAUGUUACGGGAGUGGCUUCCUUUGACAACAUUGUCACUCCGUACCUUCUACCAAAAGGUACCUAUACCGCUUCAACCACGCAUGAUAACGCCACUGAGCCUGCUGCUUUCUCAUGGGUGCCUGGCUAUUCCAGUUUUCUGAAUAUUUCUCUUCCUCUCAAGGCUCUGAGCAGCAACUCAACCGUAGAGAACGAUGCCUGCUCGAGUCUAGCACCUGACACGGGGGACCUAUCUGGCUACGCGGUUCUUAUUCGCCUUGGCGGAUGCGAACCUUCGGUGAAGGCUAGGAAUGCGCAACUGCUCAACGCAAAUGCUAUCCUAUUUUAUGCAGAUAUUCUUGAAGACUUCGGGCCUACCGCCGUCUGGUAUCCAGAUAUGACAAUCACGUCGACCGCGACUAUCACUCCCGCGCAAGGCGCUAAAUUCAUUCAGUUGCUCAAUGACGGCUCAGAAGUUCGGCUCACCUUCAUCGACCCAUCUUACGCCGAGGUCGUCUUCAAGCAGGUACCCAACCGUCUGACGGGCGGGUUCGCCAGUGCCUACACCAGCUGGGGUCCAACUUGGGAGCUGGCUUUCUACCCGUCUGUUGCAGCUCCAGGCGGGAAUAUUCUUUCCACUUUCCCCCUAAACCAGGGGGCUUAUGCAGUCUUCUCAGGCACAUCUAUGGCAACGCCGUUCGUGGCCGGGGUAUAUGCACUUCUGAUGCAGAUUCGAAAAACAAAGCGGAACCCUGCAGAACUUGCAAGAAUCUUAAGCAGCACCUCCAAGGCGAAUCUCUGGAACGAUGGGGCCGGCACCAUCAACGGAUUGGCACCCACAGCCCAACAAGGGUCCGGACUUAUACAGGCAUACGACGCCGCCUUCACCACCACACUGGUAGACUCGACUGGUAUUUCAUUCAAUGACACGGACAACCUGCCUCCCAACGCUACAUUCACCAUCCAAAAUAUUGGGGGCGAGACUGUGACGUACCACAUGUCCCACUCCCCAGCGCUUGGCAUGUACACGCUUUCAUUGACGAGCUCAUACCCUGACAGCUUCCCCAACCGCAUCUUUGCCGCGAGUGCAGAGGUGGAAUUCUCAGAGAAGCUGGUGAACAUCCCAGCAGGUGGCCGUGCUGAGAUCACUGUCACCUUGUCACCACCUCAAGACUUUGUGCUCUAUGAUGCAUCGUUGCCAGUCUAUGGAGGAUACUUUGUCCUCAAUGGCUCCAACAAUGGAAAUCUCACGAUACCCUACCUUGGUGUAGCUGGUAGCAUGAAGCAAGCUGUAAUCCUGGAUCGUGAGGACGGCUCCCUGCCGCGUUCCCCAGAUCUUAUAUUCAAAGGAGCACCCGCCCUGACCUACACAAUUCCGUACCCGACAAUGGACAAUACCGAGAAGCCAUCUCACGAUGCCCGCUACCCGUGGGCCUCGGCUCGCCUCGACCUUGGCACCCGCAUGCUCCGGGCGGAUGUUGUGCCCUUGUCGAAGAACUACACAGGCCCGACCACCGUCGUCGCCGGAACCACCAUCGCAGGCAGUGUGUGGGGCUAUCCGCUUGAGUAUGUCAGCGGCCGCUAUGACGGGUACGUCGUCUUCACCGGCCGGCUUUCAGAUGGCACCGUGGUUCCCGAGGGGCGAUAUGCGCUGUACUUGCGGGCGUUGAGCAUUUUUGGGGAUCCAAAUGAGGCCAACGAUUGGCAGGGGAUGACCAAGAUUCCUUUCGAUUUGAGGUACCAAAAGGUCAAUCCUUAG